UACUUUCUCCUUAUCUGUCUGUCUCUUUGCCUCUCUGUUCCGUCUUCAUCGGUUCAUCUAAUCUGUCUUUCUCUCUCAUCUUGUUUCAUUCGUACUUCACUCUCUUACUUUUGUCUCUUCUCUGCCACUCCUUUUGUUUUUGCUGUUUUCUCUUCCCUCUGUUUACUUUGUCUGUUCUGUCUUUCUCACUCUCAUAUUAGUUCUGUUUUCCUCUGCACUGCUUUUUGCUCUGUCAUUAGUUUCUGUCUCCUCUCUUCAGUCGUCUUUCCUUUUCCUGUUUCACUGUUUGUGGACUUUAUCCUUCCUUCUUCGCUGUCUUCUUUACCUACACUGUAUCUUCCUCCCUCUUUUCCCUUAACUCCUUAAUUCCCUCUCUCUGUUCUGAGUUAUGGGGAAGACAGAGUUGUACUCUGUGUAUAAGAGCUUCCUGGACUGUCUCUGCCUCUCUCGGAGCAGCAGUGAGGGGCCAGGGAAGAACGAGAAGGCCCCUGAUGAUGGUCACCUGGCCUACCAGAAUGGAGACGUUCUACUAGAGAGAUAUGAGGUUAUCAGUCUGUUGGGAGAGGGCACCUUUGGGAAGGUGGUGACGUGUGUGGACCGGCGCAGGGCUGGGGCACGUGUAGCUCUGAAGAUCAUUAAGAACAUGGAGAAGUACAGACAAGCUGCUAAACUGGAGAUCAAUGUCCUGGAGAAAAUCAAUGAGAAAGACCCACACAACAAACAUCAAUGUGUUCAGAUGCUGGACUGGUUUGACUACCAUGGUCAUGUGUGUAUCUCCAUGGAGCUGCUAGCCCUCAGCACUUUUGACUUCCUGAAGGAGAACAACUUCCUGCCGUACUGUAUGGAUCACAUCUGCCCAGAUGGCCUACCAGAUCUGCCUCGCUGUCAACUUUCUCCAUAUCAACAAGCUGACCCACACUGACCUCAAACCUGAGAACAUCCUGUUUGUCAACUCUGACUACACCAUCACUUACAACGCUGAGAAGGUGAGAGGGAGGGCUUUAUCCUUCCUUCAUCACUCUCUUCUUCACCUACUCUGUAUCUGGGGGUUUCUCCUUUGGGCAAAAGACUGUCCUCUGUCCUCUGUCCUCUGUCCUCUCUCCUCUGUCCUCUCUCCUCUGUCCUCUCUCCUCUGUCCUCUGUCCUCUCUCCUCUGUCCUCUCUCCUCUGUCCUCUCUCCUCUGUCCUCUCUCCUCUGUCCUCUCUCCUCUGUCCUCUCUCCUCUGUCCUCUCUCCUCUGUCCUCUGUCCUCUCUCCUCUGUCCUCUCUCCUCUGUCCUCUCUCCUCUGUCCUCUCUCCUCUGUCCUCUGUCCUCUGUCCUCUGUCCUCUCUCCUCUGUCCUCUCUCCUCUGUCCUCUCUCAUCUGUCCUCUCUCCUCUGUCCUCUGUCCUCUGUCCUCUCUCCUCUGUCCUCUGUCCUCUCUCCUCUGUCCUCUGUCCUCUCUCCUCUGUCCUCUGUCCUCUGUCCUCUCUC